CGCGUGUCGCUUCUUUCCAUUUUUUUUACGUACGCUAAAAAAAAGUAAGAUGGCGGCGCCCUGGGCGAGAAGUUUCCACGCAUAAGAGAGUGAGUUUCGUGGUCUAAAGAAGUCUACAGAACAACCAGAGAAAGAUGCCUGCAGCACUAAACCUCAGCAAUGAGGUGGUGAAGAUGAGGGCUGAAGUGAAGAAGGUGAAGGUGUUCGUCAUCCGCAAACUCACCCGAACCAUUGAAGUACUGAAGAAAAAGAAAGGAAAUGAGGCUGUCUUGGAGAAACACAAGAGGCGAGUAGCGAGGCUGCAUGAGGAGAUCAGAGAGUUAAGGACACUGGCUCCCGACGUCAUCACCAAGACUGCUCUACAGAAGGACAUCGACUUUAAGAACGUGUGUCAGAAUAAUAACGCCAGCCUGUCAGAGCGUGCCAUAGCACGCAUUGCCUCACAUCCAGACUUCAGCAAUAAAAUCCUUAAGCUCAAAAAGGCCAUUGAAGCCUUCGAAGCAGAACGGAAAAGCGAUGCUAAGACUGACAAAAAGACAAAAAAAGAAACUAAAGCCAUCGAGCAACAGAGUGAGGCAGAACCGGGGACAGGGGACAUGGAAGAGGCUGGCCAAACGGAAGACGCAGCAAAGCAGGAUGAGGAUGCUCCAAUCACAGAAACAGAGAAAUCAUUAGAGACAGAUAGCACAUCAGCUGAGGUGAUGAAGAUGAGAAAAGCGGUAAAGAAACUGAGGAUGCUAGUUAUCCGGAAGCUCUCCCAAGACAUUUCCAGUCUGAAGAAGAUGAAAGGUGAAGAGUCUGAUCUCAAAGAGUACAGAGACAGUGCAGCAAAGCUUCAAAGUGAAGUCCAGGUUUUGAGGGAUCUUGUACCUGACCAUGUUACCACAAGAGCCCUUCAGGGGAACAUUAAUAUGGAAGAGGUGCUGCAGAACCCAGAGUCCAGUCCAUUGGAUAAAGCCACUGCACGUAUCGCCACGCACCCACGCUUCAUCGAGAAACUCCAGACUGUUCGGGAAUCGAUUGAACAGGAAAAGAUGAAGGCUGCACUGAUAGAAGAGGAGAAUAUGGUCAGAGAGGUGACUGUGGCUGAAUAUGGGGACAGUGAUGAUGAAGGGGAUGAAUCGGAUUUGGAAUCAGAUGAUGAUGACGACGACGACGAUGAUGAUGAUGAUGAUGAUAAUGAUGAUGAGGAGGAGGAGGAGGAGGAGGAAGACAACGAAGAUGAAGAAGAGGAGGAGGAGGAGGAGGAGGAGGAGGGAGAGGAUAAAGAUGAUAUCAAAGGAGAUGGUGAGAAAGCAAAAACGAUUGAACAACCUGUAAAGGUGAUUAAAGUAUCUAAUGUUGUAAAGCCACCAGUGGAGGCCAAGGCAGCUACUGUGGCUUCAGUAUUAAAACCAAAAGAAUCUGCAACUAACGAAGCUGUGAAAACAGCAGUGGUCACUCCUAGUGUUCCAGCAAAGAGCAAGAACUCAGCCACACCAGCCGGACAGUCCAUCCAACCUAAAGCCAAAAAGACAGAAAAUAAAGAAGAUAAAGAGGAAGAAAGUGACUUGGAGCUGUCUGAUGAUGAGCAGGAGAAGGAGUAUUUUGACGACAGCACUGAAGAACGUUUCCACAAGCAGUCUUCUCUCUCUGAGGAGAGCGAUGAAGAUGACUUCUUCCUAGGCAAAGUAAGCAAACUGAAGAAAAAGAAAAGUGCAUCAUCUAGAGCCGAGAAAAAGAGUGAACCUAAAACAAGUGAAGUACAGACUGCUAAGGAGUCCAGCGACAAAACUCGGGAGUUCAAAAUGCAGUCAGUCUUCUGCUCCGCCCUGUCUGAGUCUGGGGGAUCUUCUCAGAAAGGGCAGCAUCGUGGCUCAAAGCCACCACACUUCCAGAACCAGAAGAAACGUCCUGAUGGAGAUGUAAAACCAUCCUGGUUCAAAAGCCAAGGCUCUGGAGCUGACAGGAGGCCUUCAGCAGCUGUAUCUAAAGGUCCAGGUCCUAGGCAGAUGGGUGCUGGAGGGACCAGGAUGGGCAAACCUGAGUUUGAACGGCAGCAAAACCAGACUAAUAGAGGUGCACAUGGCAAGCCUUUCAGACCUCCUCAGCAUUCCCAGCAGGCCAUGCACCCCUCAUGGGAGGCCAGUCGGAAAAGGAAGGAGCAGCAGUCUCAGAUUACAGCUUUCCAAGGGAAAAAGAUUAAAUUUGAUGACGAUGAUGAUUAAAAUCUCUUCACAUUUGCCACCAACACCCACUUCAAGGUCCUCUGAAGUUUUGACUGUUUUUUUCUUUACCAAGACAUUUCUUUCUGAUAAAUGUAUUCUGUUUAGACAAUAGACAAUUUUCCACUACAUGGUACUAACUCUACCCAUACCUAAUGCUCUCUUCUUGCUACCUGAAAUGUUUUUUAUUUUCCACUACAUUUGCCCUGAAAUGUAGUUGUUUAUGUUGCAAAACACCAGACACUGCCAUCAGAGUGACAACACAGUUACAAUAAAGUAGAGUGACAAUUAUCUUGGGUCAUUUAGUGCUCUACAUGGAACCAAGAGUGUGCAGGUUCUCAGAAAAGUACCCAGUUCCAGGUAUGUAUUCCAGGAAAAAACAAAACUGAGUAGCUAAGUAGAGUAGAGUUGAGUGGAGCAGGUAGCAUGCAGUGGAAAAGUGACAAUAAUUUACAGCAGAUUUUGCCAGAUAUUUUCUAUAAAUAUUUUAUUUGCCAUGAAUUAGUCAGGUAUUAGACCUAGUAUUGGGUACACAGUAAUCCGAAUAGAUUUUGGAUGAUAAAAGGAAAAUGUAACAGAGGAUAGGUCAAAUCCUUGUCUAGCAAACUGAACAAAAACUCACUUAAAAAUAAUGGUGUUCCAAAAGGUUAUUUAAACAGUACUAAAAAUGAAUGGCUUUUGAUUUAUAAAAGAAAUACAGAGUGUAAUGAAAAAAAAUUCAACUGCAACCAAAAGUGUAGAAUGUGAUUUUCCAGUAACACAUUUAAACAUAGGGGAUGGUUAAAUGUGUUACUGGAAAAUCACAUUCUACAUUGUUCCGUUUUAUAUAUUUUGACUGCAUAAAAUGUUUUGCCUCUUUUUCCAUAAAGUCUGUGAAGUCUGUUCAGCUGUUUGUGUACAUGCAAAAAAAUGUGUUUAAUGUGUUUUAAGGGCAAAGAUUAAAAACGUUUCCAGUU